AUGGCUCCGGGAAGUGAGCCAGUGAAGUCAAGCAAUCCUCCUCCUCGGACCAAAGGCCGCUCACAAUCUCGUGCCUCUCAAAGCUCCCGACCAGUACCUUUCUACCUGCCAUUGAAUACCACGCUCUAUAUAUUUCUCAUUUCCAACUGCAUUGCGGCUGCUCUUGCCCCGAUUCAAGACUGCGAUGAAGUCUUCAACUUCUGGGAACCUGCGCAUUACUUGGACCAUGGAUACGGACUUCAGACGUGGGAGUAUUCCCCAGUCUAUUCGAUUCGAAGCUGGCUCUAUGUCUCUGGACAUGCUCUUGUAGGGAAGAUAGUGUCUCUCUUCUCGAGCAACAGCAAGGCAACUGAGUUCUAUGUGAUACGAUUCGUUUUGGCGGCCAUCUGCGCGGCGUGCGAGACCAGAUUAUACUCUGCAAUAUGUCGGACACUGAACCCCCGGAUCGGUCUUCUAUUCUUGAUCAUUAUCGCUUUCAGCCCGGGCAUGUUUCAUGCGUCCGCCGCAUUUCUCCCAUCUAGUUUUACCAUGUACACGUCCAUGCUUGGUCUCACAUCCUUCUUGGACUGGAGAGGGGGACACAAAUUGGCUCGGGGCGUCAUGUGGUUUGGCCUUGGAGCAAUUGUGGGAUGGCCUUUCGCCGGAGCUUUGAUUCUCCCUCUUCUACUUGAGGAGAUCAUCAUUGGUUUCCUUUCGGGUUCUUUUUGGCCGGUUUGCAAGAGCAUUGUCGGUGGCAUUGUGAGAUGCCUCGCUAUACUGACUAUCGAAGUUGGAGUCGACUAUGUAUUCUUCCAGAAGUUUGCCAUUGUGCCAUGGAACAUAGUCGCCUAUAACAUCUUUGGAGGCGAGGGUAAAGGUCCCGACAUUUUCGGUACAGAACCCUGGACCUUUUAUGUCAGGAACUUGCUCCUCAACUUCAAUAUCUGGUUUGUAUUUGCUGUAUCCGCCGCGCCUAUACUUACCCUCCAGGCUGCAUUCCGGUCUCAGAGUACUAAUAUACAGACUCUAUUGCGGACCAUCACCUUGAUCACGCCUUUCUAUAUGUGGCUGGCUAUCUUUACUCUCCAACCUCACAAGGAGGAGAGAUUCAUGUACCCUGUAUACCCUUUUCUUGCGCUCAACGCUGCCAUCUCGUUUCACAUGAUCCUAUCAUACAUCGGGUCCAGCAAUCCAAAAGACAUCGUCGGACGGGUAUCACCAAAACUGAAAUUGACGGUGGUAAUGUCUUUGAUUCUGGUGGCUAUCAAUGCUGGAUUAUUGCGGACUCUUGGAAUGAUCACAGCAUACAAUGCACCUCUAAAGGUGCUGGAACCGCUAGCGCAAACGGGGAUGGCUCAACCCGGAGACUCGGUUUGCUUUGGCAAGGAAUGGUAUCGAUUUCCAUCAUCUUAUUUCCUACCAAAUGGAUUGCGUGCGAAAUUUAUCAAGAGCGAAUUCCGGGGGCUUCUUCCUGGAGAGUUUCCCGAUGCCACGAGCUACUCUAGCCUCAUUGUAGGAACAUCGCAGAUUCCUUCUGGCAUGAAUGAUCGAAAUGAGGAGGACCUCAGCAAAUAUGUUGAUAUAUCUCAAUGCUCGUACUUGGUCGACUCGUACUUCCCGGGUCACGCAGUCACCGAACUAGAGCCUGACUUUUUCCACGAAGAAUCGGAAUGGGAGACGGUGUCCUGCAAGGAGUUCCUCGAUGCUUCUCAAACAAGCCUGCUAGGUCGACUGAUCUGGGUUCCCGAUCUGCCCUUAAUACCUGCUCGCUUCCGCCGCAGCUGGGGGCAAUACUGUCUCCUGAAGCGACGUGAUGUCACUCCAGCGUCAAAUUAG